AUGAACAUCGGAAGCGACAUCGAGCUUGUCAAACGUGUCGUGCUGAAACUCGACCUCUUGCUCCUGCCCUUCUUGUGUUUAUUGUUCUUGCUUAAUUCUCUAGACAAGUCCAAUGUCGGAAACGCAGAGUCUGGUCAUUUCACUGAAGACCUCGGACUGCCCAAGUCCGCCUUGAACGUUUCUGUCGCCUGGUUCUUUGCUGUCUUUGUGUCUUGUCAGCCGAUCGGUGCCUACUACGGUCGCAAGUAUGUGGCAUUUGUUGGAUUCUUCUGGCUUCCGCACAGCGCCAACACGGCCUGGUUCCUGACUGCCGAUGAACGUCUUGUCGCAGAAGAGCGCAUUCGAAGGGACCAAAUUGCCGCAGCCACUUCGUGGGUCAACCCAAAGCAGCAAUCAGAUCUCGACAUCCAGGAGCGAAGGUCGUCCAACCUGCCAGAACCACGUCCAUCUCUAACACUGGAGGACGAUGAGGCAGAUUAUCUGCUCCCCAAUGCUGAAGUCACCCAGCCAUUGGCUCGUCGACCAAGCCAUGCCUCAGUCUUGUCGGUCACUGCUGAUAGUGGAGUGUCUCGCGAAGACAUCUUCUCCGCCGUGGCUGAUUGGAAAGUUUGGUACCUCUUGUUUUGCAACAUCUUAUCCGCAAUUCCGGCCACCGCGUUUGCGGUGUUCCUCCCACUCGUCAUCAAAGGCAUCGCAGGGAGAGACGACCUAGGACCAGCCGCUAUAAAUCUCCUUGUAGUACCUCCGUUCUUGGCUGGUGCAAUCAUCCUAUGGAUCUUCACCUGGUGGUCUGAUAGACACAAGACUCGGCUGAUCCCGAUCUUAUAUGGCUUGGCAAUUCUCCUCGCUGGUCUGGCAGCUACGGUUGCGCUACCCACACGUGCUUACAAACUUCGAUACUUGGCCUUGACUGUCCUCUUGUCUGGCUCCUUUGUAGCUUCGCCCCUGACAGUAACAUGGUUGAGUAACAACAUACCUCAGCCUGGCAAACGUGCGAUCGUCCUAGGAAUCAACGGAUGGGGCAAUUUUGCUGGUGUAAUCUCGAGCAUGCUUUUUGCUCCCAGAUUUGCCGAAGAUGGCUACAUCGUCCCCUUCUACGCUACUCUAGCCUGCGUUUUGACCGCAUUUGUUGGCUAUCUUGCUUUCAGAGCUCUGGUUGUUGCCGAGAAUCAUGGGCGGAACCGGAUCGUGGCAGAUUGGGACGAUGAAGAGGUUAGACGCGAAGCAAUGUUUGGAGAUGCACAUCAAAUUCUGGGUCGUGUGUCGACAGUGCUGUUCUACCUACAUGCCGGCUUCUAUCUCAACUUCUUCGUACAAGCACAUGUUCUGGCAAAACGCAUCAAAGACUGGGACGUCAUUCUCGGAUUGAUUGGGACUGUUGCAUUCACAGCUGUAGGCACUACUGCACUGUCACCACUUCGAAAGUGGAGCUAUCGUGUCUUUUACACCACUCACGUUACUCUGGCUAGCAUAUUGCUUCCCAUGCUCUACUUGCACGUCUCGCACAUACGCAUCUACAUUAUCGAAACAUUGAUAGUAUAUGCAUUACACCUAGCCCUACGCAUCCUCAACGAACACAAAGUCCAAGGCUCCUUAACCUUAGUCCCUGGCACAGCAAACCUACUAGAAAUCAACAUCUCCAUCACGCAAAAGGCACAGCAACAAUCAUUCAUGCAAUACCAACCAGGCCAACACGUCUACAUCUCUCUAGCACAAGCACCCCUCUACAAGCGAACUCUGAAAUCCAAAAAUCCAUUCACGAUCGCCUCACUCCCCUCCUCAGACGGCACACUCAAACUAAUAGCCAGAGUCCUCAACAACAACACCGCCGCCCUCGCAAAAUCAGCAACAGAAGGCGCAACCGGAAAAGCCACUUCCAUACCCCUGAUCCUCGAAGGUCCUUACGGUUUAUCCACACAUCCAGAUACGCUGUUGCAAUACAAUCGUGUGUUGUUCAUAGCCGGCGGCGUGGGCGCUACCUUUGUGGUGCCGCUGUAUAGAACACUGCUCAGAGAUCUCUCACCCAGCCCUGGAAGCAGGAGAAGACAGAACGUCGCUUUCGUUUGGGUUGUCAGGGAUGAGGCAGAGACUAGCUGGGCAAUCCCCGAGGACGAGCAGGAAAGGCAGGGCAUGCAGGAGCGCAUGACCGUCUAUGCCACCAGGAGCGGCAGAAUGGACUCCGAAGAGCACGAGCAAAAGACCAAUGAUGCCGAUGAGGGUAUUGAACUCGAGCGAUUGUUGCCUAGUGGAGACAUCAACGACUCCACACGGAAAUGGCAAAUUCACCCUGGUCGACCAGACUUGGGUCAGAUGCUGGAUGGUGUGUUCAGCCACACGCGCGAUGAUACAAAAGUGGCAGUGCUCGUUUGUGGCCCAAGAUCAAUGGCGGACGAGGUCAGGAGGAAGACACAGAAAUGGGUUGAUAAGCGAGACGUUUGGUUACACGUUGAGGCUUUUGGAUUGUGA